AGCGUUGCUACUCAACAAGAGACGCCCGAACUCCCAACUACCAUGAUGCGACUGUAGCUGCUUGUGCACCGCCAGAUUACUAACCACUAACCCACAGGAACAGCGUUACCAGAUCCUUACGAAUUGUAUUCUUGCUACCUCUAACUGAGGGACUGAAGUGAGAAAAAAGAGAAAUAAACAAGCCCAGAGCCGUGUAGAACUCCAGCCAACAUGUCUGUCGCGAGAUUGGCGCCGCCUGCUACGCCCCAGACGCCUGCCACGCCGACUGCGCAGAGACACCAGCUGGACACGCCAAAUGGCGCGUGGAAGCACCCCAAGUUCGACGAGAUUGCGCGUCGCCAGUACGCUACCACCUUUGACGAGCGCAACGUGAGGACCAUAGUCGCAAACACGGGGCUCCUGAUCCUGUCUGUAUACGGCAACGCCAUCUCCUCCAAGGUGAAGCUGCUGGAAUAUGCUGCAACCCCAAUGAACACGCUCAUUCACAGGACCCCCUACAGCGAAUGGGUCGUCGUCUUCAUCCAGCUCGCCUUCGCCGCCAACAUUGUCCUCGCAUUCAUGCCCCUCGUGCGCCGCUACUACCCCGACGACAUGGCCGACAUCCCCCUCACGCCCUCGCAGCGCGCGGCAAUGGGUCUGAAGGGUGGUGUGCUCUCCCCACCGACCGCAGGCGCCGCCUACGCGUCGCCCAACUACGUCACUCCGCCGCGCUACCAACGAUCCACACCGCGCGGCAGCUUCAGCAAUCAGGGCUCGCAGUCUCCUCUCCUCGGCGCCAGCCUCGCAAAGUCCAUGUCCAACUCGCCGAGCAACAUGGGCAGCCCGCUGUAUCGAGAUGGGCUUGGAGGGUCGACGACAAAGCGGGCGAACUAUGGUGGAAGUCCUAUGGGCAGCAGUUUGUUUGGAGAUAGCGGGUCGAGUGGACCAGGGACACCGACGCCUUCGACGGGUAGAGCAAGCGUGGGUUUGAACAACAAGUGGCUGUACGAGAAGCGAAGGGACAGCCCAAGGAGUAACAUGUUCACAUGAGGCGUGAUGCUUUUGGGAGAGCAUGUGUAGAUGUCUCUUUAUAACCUCAUAUAUCACGCUGGCGCACUGGGUGGGCACAUGGCGUUUAGUUACAACACACCAUGGCGGAUGUUUUGAUUUCCAGGAAAUUUCAUAUAUCAUAAUUGCAAGAGUGGAAUCAUUCCCAUCAAUCAUCCAACGCCUCCCAUGCACUCACUCACUUGCGCAACCCAUAUCUUACACCUUCCCCCAAGCACCCCCUCACGAAAACCGAUCCCCCUUCCGACUCCGAAACACCCCACUCGCCUCAUACUUGCUCUUCGCGCCCUCCUCGCCCUCAUGCCUCGUCGCCGCCGGAUCCUGACUAGCCUGCACCGACGGAUUCCCCAUCUCGCCGCCCGGACUCCCUCCCUGACCCCCCGUCUUCCCCU